AUGGCACGAUCUGGACGACCAAGGUCUGUGAGAACUGCAAGGCUGAUAAAGAUUAUUCGAGACCGGAUUAGACGGAAUCCCGCCCAAUCUGCACGGAAGCUGGCCAGGAACCUUAAAAUGAACCGAGAAUCAAUCCGCCUGCUUCUGCGCAAGGAUUUAAAACGUACACCGUACAAAAAACAGGUGGUUCAUGGGGUUACCAAAGCUACAAUGGUCAAGAGGUACCAACGGUCGCGGGAGUUGCUCGGUUGGCGCGCGGAUGACGAGAUCAUUUUUUCGGACGAGAAGCUGUUCGUUUUGGACUAA